CUAUUCUUGUCAUCCUGAGUACUGUUCAAACGGUGGGUCUUGCAGUCAAAACAAUAAUGGUGAUUUAGACUGCUCGUGUGUUGGUGGCUGGAUUGGUGAAAAAUGUACAGAUUCUUCAAAUCUUUGUGCAGAAAAUGUGGACAAUUUCGAUACUAUAUGCAGCAUAACUACACAAAACACAAUAGCUACCUUAAAAUGCAGUGGGUAUUAUACAGGUUAUGUGUCAAGAUACUGCAGUAGCUUUGGGAAAUGGGAGGAACCGAACUACAGCAAUUGUAUUAGUAAAUCAAUACAAAAUAUCAAAUCACAGACUAAGUUAUUAGCUGGAGCCAGUGACUAUGAUAAUGUGACCCUAAUCUUGGAAGAUCUAGAAAACAUAACUAGAGAUAACAACGAACUACGGUCUGGUGAUCUGCUUACGUCAUCGGCUAUAUUGAAUGAUAUCGCCAAGUAUGUUACAGAACACAAAGACAAACAUACAUCUGAUCAACUUGAGAUCUUUGGUACUCUGUGCAACAAUUUACUAGACGACAGAAACUAUCAACAAUGGAAUGAGCUUAACGUCCAGGGGUCAGGUGGUAUUACUUCACUCGUACGCGCAGUUUCUGACUUUACUAAAGCAUUUAAUGAUGUGUUGGACGGUGAAUUCUCCCUUGUCGUAGCAAGGGGAAAUGUUGUAAUACAAAUAGGGAAGACUUCGUCGGAUGAGAUACAUGUUCCUGAUCGCCUGAAAACGUCAGACUCGUGGAUAUCAGAAACACAGACUGAAAUUACACUGACAAAGAACACGUGUAACGGUUUGACUGGAUAUAGCAGCACAUUCUAUAGAAGUAUUUCAGGACUGUUUCCGAAGUAUUUGAUACUAGAUGGGAAUGUAAAACCUUUUAAUGGGAGUUAUGAUGUUAAUUCUAUCAUUACGGAUUUAACGAUUCAUGGAACAUCUUGCUUAGAUUUUUCCGUAAUUAUAAAAUUCGACCACAUUUUGGAUAACUUCUCCAUGCCAUUUUGUGGACAUUGGAAUUUCAGUGCUAUAAAUACUGUUUAUGGAGCGUGGUCUUCUUUUGGUUCACGACUUGUUGACGCUUCAGAUUCAUACACAAUAUGUGAAUAUAAUCACACCACUAAUUUCGCCAUAUUGAUGAGCCCAGGGAAAACACCAUCGUCUCACUAUUUUCCAUUGAGUGUCAUAUCAGCCAUUGGAUGUGGAGUAUCAAUCUUGUUUCUAGUCAUUACAAUUGUCGUUCACAUAGUUCUUUGGAGGUAUGUGAGAAAUGAAAGAACACAAACACUGAUGAACUUAUGUGUGGCAUUACUUUUGUCAUAUGUCAUUUUUUUAGCUGGUAUUUCAAGAACAGAGAACAAGGUUGUUUGUUCAGCGAUUGCAAUUGUUUUGCAUUAUCUAUUCCUGACAGACUUUGCACUGAUGUUGGCGCAGGGUAUCCAGAUAGUGAGAAUAGUAGUCAUAAUUUUUAACAAAGGCUCUAUUAUCCGUAAGCUGAUACCAGCAUGUUGGAUUAUUCCUGCUGUUAUAGUUGGAAUUUCAGCUGGAGCGACAAGACUCAAAGGAUAUGGCAAUCACCAAUUUUGUUGGUUAACCCUUGAGUCAAAUCUGAUCUGGACAUUUAUUGGACCAGCACUGCUGGUUAUUUUGAUAAAUCUAAUUAUUAUCAUCAUUACGGUGUAUAAAAUAUUGACCAGUACAGGGUUAGCUGCCAAAACACUUCAAACGAAAUAUAAGACUGGUUUAAAAAGCAUUUGUGUCAUUUUACCGUUGUUUGGUGUAACUUGGGUGCUGGGAGCAUUUUCUUUGAACGAUGAUUUGGUCAUGUUCCAAUACCUUUUUGCAAUUUGCAAUUCUCUCCAGGGUCUGUUCAUAUGCCUGUUCCACUGUUUUUUGAAUGAGCAGGUAAGGCUUGGCUACAGUCAGUAUCAGAGACGACGACAUGCUGGUUGUAUGGAUUCGAAACUAUCUACCGAGUCAACUAAAUCUGAAAACCACAAAACACAACAGCCUAUCUUUGACAGUAUCAGCUCAGAGACUAAAUAAAGUAGAGACUAUGGCAAUACAUACUUACGCAAUCUUGUGAUUUGUUUCUUUAUUUUUACCUUCGGUAUAUAUACCAAUCUAUCAUUUUUAUUAAAAUGUCUUACCGAAUUACAUAAACUUGUACUUAAAAUG